CGCCUGCUCUGUAGAUGGUUUGUUGAGCAACAGUGGUUUGACAAUGCUGUUUUACUAUUCAUCGGAUUAAACUGCAUCACGUUAGCGAUGGAACGACCGAAUAUACCUCCAAAUAGUCGAGAAAGAAUUUUCCUUUCCAGUGCCAAUUACAUAUUUACGGCAGUUUUUGCCAUGGAAAUGUUUAUAAAGGUAGUAACAUCAGGUAUGCUUUAUGGUGCUGGGGCUUACUUUACCUCAGGUUGGAACAUAAUGGAUGGAUCACUAGUCAUCAUUUCAAUAAUUGACCUCCUAAUGUCGCUUCUGUCUUCUAGCAGUCCAAAGAUAUUCGGAAUUUUGCGGGUAUUCCGUUUGCUGCGGUCUUUAAGACCAUUGCGGGUUAUAAACAGAGCACCAGGAUUAAAAUUAGUUGUUCAAACAUUGCUUUCAUCCCUGAGACCAAUCGGAAACAUUGUCCUAAUUUGUUGUACAUUUUUCGUUAUAUUCGGAAUUCUGGGGGUACAACUUUUUAAGGGUGCAUUUUAUUACUGUGAAGGUCCAGAAGUAAACAAUGUUCGAAAUAAAACUGAAUGUUUAGCUGACAAGAGAAAUGUAUGGAUGAACAGAAAAUACAAUUUCGAUGACCUUGGCAAAGCUCUCAUGUCGUUAUUCGUUUUAUCAUCACGGGAUGGUUGGGUUAACAUUAUGUACACAGGUUUAGACGCCGUUGGAGUGGAUCAACAGCCUAUUGAAAAUUACUCAGAAUGGAGGUUGCUUUAUUUUAUAGCAUUCAUUUUGCUAGUCGGCUUCUUUGUUCUAAACAUGUUUGUUGGCGUCGUCGUUGAGAAUUUUCAUAGAUGCCGAGAAGAGCAGGAAAAGGAAGAACGAGUUCGAAGAGCUGCCAAGCGAGCUCUGCAAAUGGAAAAGAAAAGGCGCAAAUUGCACGAACCUCCUUACUACAGCAAUUAUUCAAAGCAGAGACUUUUCGUUCAUACCGUUGUGACAUCAAAAUACUUCGAUCUAGCAAUAGCUGCGGUGAUUGGUUUAAAUGUCGUUACUAUGGCAUUGGAGUUUUAUAUGAUGCCCAAGGCGCUAACAUAUGCUUUAAAAAUUUUCAACUACUUCUUUACAGCUGUAUUUAUAUUGGAAUCAAUUAUGAAGCUUAUAGCAAUUGGAUUACACUUAUAUUUGAAAGACAAGUGGAAUCAGCUCGACGUAGGAAUUGUAAUUUUGUCAGUAGUGGGAAUUGUGCUGGAGGAAGUUGAGUCCAAAGUUAUUCCUAUUAAUCCUACCAUAAUUCGUGUAAUGCGAGUUCUACGCAUAGCUAGAGUACUAAAGCUGCUAAAAAUGGCAAAGGGGAUACGAGCAUUACUAGACACUGUCAUGCAAGCAUUACCUCAAGUUGGCAAUUUGGGACUACUGUUCUUCUUGUUAUUCUUCAUUUUCGCAGCUCUUGGCGUUGAACUCUUUGGACGACUUGAAUGCAGUGAUGAAAUGCCGUGUCAAGGAUUAGGAGAACAUGCGCAUUUUAGUAAUUUUGGGAUGGCUUUUCUGACUUUAUUCAGAGUGGCAACAGGUGACAACUGGAAUGGUAUUAUGAAAGAUACUUUGAGAGACAAUUGCGAUGAUUCUGAAGACUGUGUUCGAAAUUGCUGUGUUAGCUCCAUCAUUGCUCCGAUUUUUUUUGUAAUAUUUGUUUUAAUGGCACAAUUUGUUCUCGUUAAUGUCGUAGUUGCUGUAUUAAUGAAACACUUAGAGGAAAGUCAUAAACAGAUGGAAGAUGAGCUUGACAUGGAGUUUCAGUUAGAAAGAGAAUUAUUGGCAGAACAGGAAGAGUUACUAGUAGUUGAAUGUGAAGAAAAUGAAGAUAGAAAAGUGAAAUCAUAUACUGAACAAGUGGUGAGCGCAACAUCUGCCUGGAAAAAUGAGAGGAAAACUGAAUCUUGCCUCGGUCUCUCUAAAGUUCGUUCCUUACCCUCCAACUUUAUUUUUAAUCAUGUACCAGAAAGAAGCCAAGGUAAUUCUGCUAUCGUGCCAAAGGAUAGCAACGAUAUUCCACAACUUCCAGAGAUAUCAUUCAAUAUAAAAAGUAAACGAGCACAAAGCUUGAAUUCGCAGAAGCAGAAUAUGUGGCAAUCGCCGCCCGUUGAAUUAUUUGAGACGAGAAAAAAAGAAAGCAGUAAUUUAAAUGCAUGUAAUUCUUCUUACAAAUUCGUUUCAUAUACUUCAAAUUAUCUCUUUCGACCAGCAUUAUCGUACACGCCCAGAAGUAAAGAUAUGUGGACAGGACCACACAAGUCUGAACAAAAUUUAAGUUUCAAAACUUCAUGUAAUGGAAAUUCUCGAAGGAACUGAAUAAAGAAUAUCAGAGGUAAAAGAACGUACUCAGUGGUUAAUAAAUUGCUGAUGAUUUCGAUGUGCAAUCUAUUAUCAACGAAAAGAGACCGCUUAAGUAAAAGGUUAAUUCUCCACAGAUAUUUGACUAUUAGUCAGCAUUAUGUAAUAGCCGGCAAGUUUGACAGUAUUUUGAAUAAUAUAAUAAAAUAGUAUUUAAUGUAGCCUGUGUAGAAACCGUUGUAAAACGCGUAACUCAUGCCUGCAUUCCAUACAUUUAUUUUACCAAAUUUAAAUUAACUAUAAACUUCGUUUUAUGUUAAUUUAUCUAAUUUGGUUGUUGAAAUUAGUCAUGGAAAUAUAAAUUCAGCAAUAUUUUUGUUAUUUUCAUCAUUUGCCUUUUUGCAUCUAUAUCUGCCUAUGAACAUAACAUUUUAUAGGUUUAGCAAUGAUCUAAAUUUCACAAGAAAAAAACACAGCAGGCAAAGGACUAAACGCGUCGUAAAACAAUACUGCGUGCAAUAUAUGCUAAAAACCAGACAUUGAUGACUGACUCCGUGCACGCAAGCUCUUCACUAAUGCCUGAUUUUCAGCACUUAUUAUACAAAGCGCAAUUUACAGCAUGGCAGUUCAAAGGAUUUUCGCUUUGUAAUGUCUAUUGAAACUGCCGCAAAUAUUAUAUUUCGAUACAAUUGCGAAGGCAUAGCACUAAUUUGAAGAGCGUGUAGAUUAAAUCUAAAAUUGUGAAUACUUAAAUAUAAUUCUGAUAAGAUUAGAUGUGUACAUUUUUAACCAAGAGUUGUAUCAAUAAUCUUUUUAGAAAUUAUAAUUGAUGAUACUCUUCCUUGCGCUAUACAAGUGCUGCAUUUGUGCUACGGUCUUAUUACACAUAUGAACGGAGUAUGAGAAAGCACUUAAUUUCAUGUAAAUGAUGUCAAAUAUUAAUCUAAAUAAAAUAAAUCAUUUUUACGUAAUA